UUGUACACCUUUCUAUCACUGUCCCACAAGUCUCAGUCUGUCCUUCCAUAUUCAUUCUGGAGUUCAAGUCCCUUCACAGGCGCUCCUAAGCCCAAACAGUGUGCCAGCCUACUCCGGAGGAAAGCCCCUAGUCACCCCUUGCAGAGGCCAAGCAGACCGAGGUCGGGUGCCCCCCUAGUCCGGGGGAUCAGUCCCGCCCCAUCCCGGCUGGCUGAGUCAGGAGGCAGGAACUGGGCGGGCGGGAGGCGCCUAGAGCAGCCGAAACCAGGGCCAGAGUCGCUGGCAGUAAGCUUGGAGCCCAGCGGGGCUAGAACCAAAAGCCCCAGGCCAGCGGGACACAGUGGGUGAGCGCGGGUCGGGGACCAUCCGGAACCCACCAUGAACUCCAAGAAGAGAGGAGAAGCGUGCGUCCAUGACUCAGUUUCCAAGAAGGUUCUAAAGAAAAGUGGAGAAGGCGGGGCACUUCUCUCGGCGCUGCCCCCCACUCUGGGAAUCCCCGGGCGCCGGGAGGACGCUGGUGUCAAGGCGCCUGCGAGUUGGUGGAGCCCCGCGCGGACUCAUUCCAUGAUGUCCCUGUCGGUGCGGCCGCAGCGCCGCCUGCUCAGCGCCCGGGUCAAUAGGAGCCAGUCCUUCGCAGGCGUCCUCGGCAGCCACGAGCGCGGGCCCAGGAGCUUCACGGUCUUCAGCCCACCAGGGCCCCCACGGAAGCCUCUAGUGCUCUCCCGAGUAUCGAGGAUGUUUUCCGUAGCCCACCCAGCCCCCAAGGUGCCACAGCCAGAGCGGCUGGACCUGGUGUAUGCCGCCCUUAAGCGGGGAUUGACGGCCUACUUGGAAGUGCAUCAGCAGGAGCAGGAGAAGCUCCAGGGCCAGAUAAAAGAGUCCAAGAGGAAUUCUCGCCUAGGCUUCCUGUAUGACUUGGACAAGCAAGUCAAGUCCAUUGAACGUUUUCUUCGACGGCUGGAGUUCCAUGCCAGUAAGAUUGACGAGAUGUAUGAAGCAUACUGUGUCCAGCGGCGUCUCCGGGAUGGUGCCUACAAUAUGGUCCGUGCAUACAGCACGGGGUCUCCCGGGAGUCGAGAGGCCCGAGAUAGCCUGGCUGAGGCCACUAGAGGGCACCGAGAGUACACAGAGAGCAUGUGUCUUCUGGAGAAUGAGCUAGAGGCACAGCUGGGCGAGUUUCAUCUCCGGAUGAAAGGGCUGGCUGGCUUCGCCAGGCUGUGUGUAGGCGAUCAGUAUGAGAUCUGUAUGAAAUAUGGCCGCCAGCGAUGGCGACUGCGAGGCCGAAUAGAGAGCAGUGGGAAGCAGGUGUGGGACAGCGAAGAGACCGUCUUUCUUCCCCUGCUCACGGAGUUCCUGUCCAUCAAGGUGACCGAACUGAAGGGCCUGGCUAACCAUGUCGUUGUGGGCAGUGUCUCCUGUGAGACCAAGGACCUAUUUGCUGCCCUGCCCCAGGUUGUGGCUGUGGACAUCAAUGACCUUGGCACCAUCAAGCUCAGCCUGGAAGUCAUAUGGAGUCCCUUUGACAAGGAUGACCAGCCCUCAGCAGCUUCUACAGUCAACAAAGCUUCCACUGUCACCAAGCGAUUCUCCACAUACAGCCAGAGCCCACCAGACACACCCUCGCUUCGGGAGCAGGCCUUCUAUAACAUGCUACGGCGGCAGGACGAGCUAGAGAACGGGACGGCAUGGUCCCUGUCAUCUGAAUCUUCAGAUGACUCGUCCAGCCCACAGCUCUCAGGCACUGCUCGUCAUUCAUCAACGCCCAAGCCCCUGGUGCAGCAGCCAGAGCCCCUGCCCAUCCAAGUUGCCUUCCGAAGGCCAGAGCCCCUCAGCUCUAGCUCCAUGGAAGAAGAGCCAGCUGUGGCUCCCGCCCUGGUCAAUGGGCAUGCCCCUUACAGCCGGACUCUCAGCCACAUCAGUGAGGCCAGUGUGGAUGCUGCCCUGACUGAGGCUGUGGAAGCAGCAGGCUCAGAAAGCCCAGUCCCAGGACCUAGCCCACUUGUAUAUCCAGACUCCGCCCAUGUGGAGCAUUUCAAUAGUGUUCCUCCUGUCCCAGACACUCGCCAUUCUGCCACAAGACCCACCCCAAGUACAACUGGCCCUGCCCCCACAUGUACAGACCCUGCCUCAUCUACGCCACUAGACUUAAUUCACAAAGCCACAAACUCUGAUCAUUCUGAGUGUCCAAGCCUCACACAUACAAGCUCUACCUACAGUGCUGUAAGCGCUGUCAACAGUGUUCCAAGCCCAUCUUCCACUACUGUAGAUUCUACCCCCAAACCCACGCCCUCCGCCCUUGCCACUACAGGCUCUAGCCCCAGUGCUCCAGACCCAGCCCGGGCUAUCACAAGCCCUCCUCACACCACCCCGAGCCCCACCCACACCACUGCCAGUCUCACCCACACUACCGCCAGCCCUACACAUAGCAGCCCGGGCCCCACCCACACCACUAUAAGUCCUACUUGCACUACUCCAAGCCCCACCAAUGCCACUCUGAGCCCCAGUCACAGGACCACUAGCCCUACUCGAAAAACUGGGGUGUCAACUCAUACCACUACAAGUCAUACCAACAGUGCUGUGGACCCAGUCCAGAUCACUACAAGCCACAUUUCCACAACGGAAAGCCCUACCCCUUCUAUAGACCUUGCUGUAAGCUCCAGCUCCUCCUCCUCCGCAGACCCCGCACUCCCAGGCACUGAACCUCUGCCUUGUAGCCACCCAGCCAUCACUCCCUACACUAAAACAGCCGACCCCACAGCAUCCUGCACCUCUUACCAGAGUCUUGCUUGUUCUGGUUCAAAGUCCCUCAUAAGCCCUGCCCCAAAUUCCCCAGAACAAACCCCUAAGAGCCCAAGUUCCUCUCCCUCAUCCGCGGCCCCUGCACCCCAACAUUCAGAACUUAGCCAGGCCACAGCUGCUCAAGCCCCAGUCCCUGAAGCAACCGAAGGAGCUGGGGACAAAAGGCUUGAAGAGGCCUUGGGGACCCUAAUGGCUGCCCUGGAUGAUUAUCGUGGUCAGUUCCCUGAGCUGCAGGGCUUGGAGCAGGAGGUGACUCGCCUGGAGAGUCUGCUCAUGCAGAGGCAAGGCCUGACCCGAAGCAGGGCCUCCAGUCUUAGCAUCACGGUGGAACAUGCCCUGGAGAGCUUCAGCUUCCUCAAUGACGAUGAAGAUGAAGACAACGACGGUCCUGGGGCCAGGCCCACAAGCAGCCCAGAGGCUGUGGCAGAGGACAGAUUAGACUCAUCAAAUGUCCAGUCCCUAAGCACAGGGUGUCCAGCCCUGGAUGCUACCUUGGUCCAGCACCUGUACCACUGCAGCCGCCUCCUGCUGAAACUGGGCACAUUUGGGCCCCUGCGCUGCCAGGAGGCAUGGGCCCUAGAACGGCUGCUGAGGGAGGCGCGUGUGCUCGAGGAAGUGUGUGAGCACAGCAAGCUAUGGGGGACUGCUGCCACCUCUGCCCAGGAAGUGGUGCAGUUCUCAGCCUCUCGGUCCGGCUUCCUGACCUUUUGGGACCAGUGUACAGAGGGACUCAGCCCCUUCAUCUGCCCCGUGGAGCAGGUGCUCCUCACUUUCUGCAGCCAGUACGGUGCCCGUCUUUCCCUGCGCCAGCCAGGCUUAGCCGAGGCUGUGUGUGUGAAGUUCCUGGAAGACGCCCUGGGGCGGAAGCUGCCUAGGAGGCCCCAACCAGGCCCCGGAGAACAGUUCACCAUCUUCCAAUUCUGGAGUUACGUAGAAGCCUUGGACAGCCCCUCCAUGGAUGCCUAUGUGACAGAGACUGCAGAGGAGGUGUUACUGGUACAGAAUCUGAACUCUGAUGACCAGGCUGUUGUGCUGAAAGCCCUGAGGUUAGCACCCGAGGGGCGCCUGCGAAGGGAUGGGCUUCGGGCUCUUAGCUCCCUGCUGGUCCACGGCAAUAACAAAGUCAUGGCUGCAGUCAGCACCCAACUUCGGAGCCUCUCACUCGGUCCUGUCUUCCGGGAAAGGGCUCUUUUGUGCUUCCUGGACCAACUUGAGGAUGAGGAUGUACAGACUCGAGUGGCCGGAUGCCUGGCUUUGGGCUGUAUCAAGGCUCCUGAGGGUAUUGAACCCCUGGUGUACUUGUGCCAAACAGACACGGAAGCUGUGAGAGAAGCUGCCCGGCAGAGCCUACAGCAGUGUGGGGAAGAAGGACAGUCUGCUCAUCGGCGGCUAGAAGAGUCCCUGGAUGCUCUGCCUCGCAUCUUUGGGCCCAGCAGCAUGGCCAGCACAGCAUUCUGAACUCUAAUCACCGGCUCCCAGUGUUCCUUCCCCCAUUUUCAGGGCUCACCAGGCACUGGCAGGGAGGGUGAGGGCUGGUUCCAGACACCUCUCCCCACAAAUCCCUAUGAAGAAAAUCUAAUAUAUUCUUUUGUUACCCCUGGGGUUGGUAGAGUGCCUGAAUGAAGUGCCUCCCAGCCUUGGUUCUGCAUAUUCUUUGCCAGAGUGUCAGGGGCUUGGCCAUAUCUUGCUCUGCCUCACUACAUCCCUUGAUUUUGUAUUUUAUUUACAGAGUUUUACAGAAAAUAAAAAAGCAAAAUGCGUUUUCUACA